GAGUCGUGAUGGCAUAGACUAGAACUGAGGGCUUUCAGAGAUCCUACAGUCAUAAGAUCUAGCAUGAGCUCUAGAACCGGGGGUGCUUGAAAUCCUUGAGACCCCUUGGCAGCACAAGCCUCUAGAGCGGAAGGAGAGUCCGCUGAGGUUGGGCAAAGAGGGUGUUUCAGGCCUCGUGAACAGUCUGAGCCAAAACUCAGAGGUGAUAAAUUGGGAAAGAUGGGUGGCAUCUGAGUUAGGGAGACCUUGAAUGCCAAGUAAAGGAGUUUGCUGCUAAGGAUGGGUGAAUCAGUGCCCAGAUUUGGUUUUGUACAACAUUGCUCUAAAUCAAAGGGAGCGGCAUGUGUUUCUGAACUGCUGCAGAGCCCGGUGCUGGAGGCUGGUAAGGGCUCGGGUGAGGGCUCAUCCAUCCCCUGCCACGCCUCGCGUGGUGUCUGCCCUACGUUGAGUGGAGACCUUAAGGACAGUGUUUCCCUUCUCACCCUGUCUUCAUCAACUUCCUUUGUGCAGAAGCGCUGAUCUGUUGGCGCUUGUUUGGCUAAGAACCCUUCUGAUCUCACUCUCCUCAUCUUUCUGGUGUGAGCUUAGUGCUCUGGUCAUUUCUACAGGGGCCCCAAUGUGGUGGGAAAUGCUUCUCUCAAUGAAUUUCUGCUCAGUUUCCCCGGGCAGUUCUGGUCAAAAAGGGAACCCCCUCCCUCAGAGAUGACUUCAUGUUCUGGUGACUCAAGUGCAGGGGGCAGGGGGAGGAGAAGAGACAAGGAAGAAGAGGUGGAGCCUGAGGGAUGUGCGCCCCCUCCUCCCUCUCCCCCCUCCGCAUAAUGUGUGGGCACAGGCACGGCAGUGGGGCAGGACAGACUUGGAUUUCCUCUCUGCUCUCCCACUUAGCACUCUCAGGAUUCAGUCUGGCUCAGAAGGGAACUCGGCACAGGAGGGAUGGCUUCAGGAUUGCUGACCAACUGGUCCAAGGAGUCCGUGACCUUCAGGGACGUAGCUGUGAACUUCACCCCUGAGGAGUGGGGGCGGCUGGGCCCCACCCAGAGGCAGCUGUACUGGGACGUGAUGCUGGAGACCUACCAGAACCUGGUCUCCCUGGCAGGGAUUCCAGUUCCUGACUAUGAUGCUCUCUGCCAUUUGGAACAAGUGGACAGGCUAUGGGUUGUGGAGGGAGCAGAUGGGAAGACUAGUCCAGAGGCUUUAAGACCAAAGCAAGACACUGCCCAAAAAGCCUUCUUUCAGCGAGCAAGGAUGGAGAAACCCUCAGGGGACACCAGGUUGAGAGAAGCCUGGGCCUGCAUGGGCAGAUCUGAGAGCAAUCAGGAGAGGCAGGACAGACAGAUGAUGGAAGGGAUCCUCUCCAAGAACACACCCACGAAGGAUGGAGACAGUAUGAACACCAUACUCCCUGCCAGGGAAAGUCUUUCUGAGUGGGAUGCUCAUGGGAAAAGCUUCCCUCAAAGCGACAUGGGGAAAGCCUUCACAUAUUACUCGGGUCUUCUUGGCUCACAAAACAGGAUGGUCUUUGAACAGAAACUUUAUCCGUGGAAUAAUGAAUUUGAGAAACCUUUGGGAGACCACAUAAGCCAUAUUCCACAUGUGAAAACCUAUGCUGAAGAGAAAGUUCAUUCAUGUAGUGUAUGUGGGAAAGUUUUCCAUCAGAACUCACAUUUGGUUCAACACCAAAGAGUUCACACUAGAGCAAAACCGAGAGAAAACAGAAAAUCUCUAAGUCACCACUCAGCCUGUGUUCAGUACCAUAUGAGUCCUGGAGAGAAACCCUAUGAAUGCAGUGAAUGUGGAAAGACUUUUGGCCGGAGCAUAUACCUUACUGAACACCAGAGAAUACACACAGGAGAAAAACCCUAUGAAUGCAAUCAGUGUGGCAAGGCCUUCAGCCAGAGUGCACCCCUUGCCAAACAUCAGAGGAUUCACACUGGAGAAAAACCCUAUGAGUGUGAAGAAUGUGGGAGAGGGUUCAGUUGUCGUUCCACCCUUGUUCAACACCAGAGAAUUCACACUGGAGAGAAACCUUAUCCGUGUGAUGAAUGUGGGAAAGCCUUCAGCCAAAGGACACACCUUAUUCAGCAUAGAAGAAUCCACACAGGAGAAAAGCCCUAUGAGUGUAUUGAAUGUGGAAAAGCAUUCACUGAAAGCUCAGCCCUUAUUCAACACCAGAGAAUUCACACUGGUGAGAAACCCUAUGAGUGCAGUGAAUGUGGGAAGGCCUUCAGACGGAGGACUCACUUCACUCAACACCAGAGAAUUCACACUGGAGAGAAAAUCUAUGAGUGUAAGGAAUGUGGAAAAGCCUUCAACCAGAUUGCACAGCUCACUCGACACCAGAGAAUUCACACUGGUGAGAAACCUUAUGAAUGCAGUGACUGUGGGAAAGCCUUUAGCCAGAGUUCAUCCCUUACCAAACAUCAAAGAAUUCAUACAGGAGAAAAACCCUAUGAAUGUCAUGAAUGUGGGAAAGCAUUCAGUGACUCCUCAGUCCUUAUUGUGCAUCAGAGAAUCCACACUGGAGAGAAACCCUACAAAUGUCAUGAAUGUGGGAAGGCCUUCACUCAGAGCAUAUACCUGAAUAAACAUCAGAUAAUUCACUCUGGAGAGAAACCCUAUGAAUGCAGUGAUUGUGGGAAAACUUUCAGCCAGAGCAAAUACCUUUCUCAACAUCAGAGAAUUCACACUGGAGAAAAACCGUAUGAAUGCAAUGCGUGUGGUAAAACCUUUAGUUACUGCUCAGCCCUCAGUCGACACCAGAGAAUUCAUGUUGGAAAUAAACCCUAUGGGUGUAAUGAGUGUGGGAAAGGCUUCCAGGGAUUGUCAGCCUUCCUCAGACAUCGAGGACUUCACACUGUUGCCCAGCUCUGAGGUGGUGGAGGUGGUGAAAAGUCACUGUGUCACACAUGGGAACACUAGGGUGAGCUCUGCAUCUGUUGACCCUGUCCAGUAUCUAGGACCCCAGGCAGAGAGAGUAUUCCUAAAUAUGCAUUGAUGCAGUGAUCCAGGAAAGGGAUUAAUGGAGGGCUGCUGUCUGUCACACCUAUGUCCCUACCCUCAGACCGUCCUGACUAGUACUCUCUGGGAGGCCAUGUUCCCGUAAUGCCGUCAUUGCACCCCCUGUGGAGUACCUAGGGUGUUACCCUCACCAGGGACCUUCUCCGAGAAGCUGGGUUGAGAGAUUCCUGCCAAAGGCUGAGCUGAGACACAUGGGACACAGGGGUAGGACCCCUUUCAUCAUUUUCUUUCCCCUGUAUAAAAAAUAUCUGACCUGGGAAGAGAUGCAGAGAAAGAGAGAGAUGCUGGGGACUCUUCCCUGACUUAGCUUUUCUCAUAUGAUUGGACAGGUUGCCUUGGAUUGGGAGCCCGGAGAUGUGGGCUACAGCCCCUGCUCUGCCAGGAACUUGUUGUACGGGACUCCAGACUCCACAGCUGCUGUACUCCCAGCCAGCCCCUCUCUGCCAUCCUGUGAGUUCAAUGCUUGGGCCACAGCCUCCUCUUCCUCUUCAAUCCCUUCUGCUGCUUUAGGGUUCACAUAGGUAGCUGUUCCUCAGACAUCUUAGGGAGCAAGGAGUGCUUCUGGGAUUACAGUCGCCAUUUUACAGAUGAAGAAACUGAGGCCCUGGGACGUGACUGUGGAAGCCCCUGGAAAAUGGCACCACAUUUUGAUCCUUGGGUGCCUGAAUGUACCUGAGAGCCCCUCAGUUGGGGGGACUCUCUCCAGGGCUACAGAUGUGAUGUGUCCAUGCUUGCUUGCAUCUCCUGUGCAGUCCUCCAGGGGGGCCUUCAGGAGACCACUCAGUCAGUUCUCUCUCACUUUCUUUCAUUGUAAGAACAACCAUUAUUUCUGUCAAGGUCAGGGAGUGUUCUGGCCUCUUCUCCCUGAACAAGGCCAGCUCCAUCUUCCCCUCCAGGCUACAGGGCUAACCCCGAGGGGCCGAGGGCAGCACUUUCUAAUGCCAUUACCACAAACCCUCAUUCUGGCCCUGGUUAGCCACCAGUGACUGGUACCCAAACUUCAUUGAACUGGGAAACAUCAAUUAGCUCUUUCCCUCAAAGAUACAGCCAAGGCAGGAGUGUUCCUCCCCAGGACCUUGGGGGCAAACUCUCCAGGACCCCCUCAGUCUUUGGGGAGAGUGUUCCCAGCAAGUGCCCAUCCAAAUGUGGCAUCUGUGCCAGGUGAGUUGGCUGCAGAUCCUGUCCUUUCCCCACCCCUGCCAAGGCUGAGAUUGAAGGCUUGUAUUCACAGGCCACAUGUCAGCCUUGGCUGGGGAGGACUACUUCCCCACAUACACACACAGACUCAGCAUUGCCUCUCUUCUCUCCCCAGAAUGCCAAGAGGCAGGAGGAAUUCAGGCCAAAUGAGGGAACCCACCAAGAAGGGACUGGGCUGGUUGGCUUGCUGAGGCCUUUGGAAUUGUCCAGCCGGGGCCUGACUCUUCAGCCAGUCAGGGAGCCCCCAUCCCCACCCCCAGAUGACCUAACCCACACGGCCCAUCUGCAUGUGCUCCAAGCUUCUCCACUGCACAUGUUCUCAGAGUUCUCCCCCAAACCUCCCAGAGGCUCCCUAGCCAGUACCUUGCUCUCUGCUGGGCGCCCCCAUUGGGAGGCCAAAGUGCUUUGGGAAGGGAAAUAGGUGAGUUGGGGUCUUUCAUAAAGGCCUCUCUGCUUCUGGCCACCACCCUCCCCACCAAGGGAGAGGCCGGCAUGAGACCCAGGGCUAAAGGGGGCAGAGGGGCUUCCCAGGGCACUGAGCACCUGUGAGAGUCCGGCUCAUACCACCACCAUACUUUGCUCACAGCUAUGCGGAGGUGGUAGGCUGGAGGAUUCCUGUCCCCACCUUAUAGGUUAGGGGUGCCCGAGGCUUAGAGACAUUCUGCUACUUGCCUGAAGCUACAUCACCAGGAAGCACCCAAAGGCCUCGGGUUCCUGUACUUUGAAGGCACAGGCUAGAGCUAUCAUUUAUUAUACCCAGCCAGGCAGUAGGCCAAAGCUAGUCGAUGCCUCCGAGGCAGAAGUCACUGUUGUUUGGGCUGACUUUGCUUCUCUGAACCUCCUCUGACUUCUCCAGCUGGACGCUCCUCUCGAUUUUGGCCUAUACCUUGCACCAGAAAGCAGCUGAACCUAGCCAGAUCCUCCGCUCUUCGGGGGCUGCCCCUGUGGCCUAGGCAGGGGAAGGCCCAGCGUUUCAGGGGCAGAAGAGGCCUGUGGCUCUUCCAGCCUAGCCCCAAGAAAGGAUUCCUUCUCCAGCACACCCACCAAGCAGCUCCCACAGACCCCCAGGGAGGAAGGCUUCCUGACAGCCCUUCAGUUUCUCCCUUCCUGCUCCUGUCCUCCAGGCCAAACAUUCCCAACUCCUUCUGUCAGUCCUUAGGCGAGGGGGUCGUGACCCUUCCCCAUCCUGGCUCCCCAUCUCUGCCCGUUCUCACGCUCAUCCAUGUCCUUGCUGAGCUGGCUCGCCAAGACUGUGCUGACUUCUCCAGAUGUGUCUGGUGAGGAGAGAGCUCGGUGGGGCAGGUGGGUCCCAAGGCCGACUCCCCUUCACCUUGCAGCUCACUAAAGCCCCUGGCCUUUUGGAAAAGAACUUGUCUACCCCCACCCCAGCUCCUCGGUCUGGAUACUUUGCAGGUCCAGGGGACUCUGCCAGCCCCCAGGGACAGCCUCACAUUCAUCCCACACACCCUGCUUCUUGUCCUAACAUCUUAGGAUUCUGUCCCACGUGAGAACUCUGGGGCUGGGCCUCCUCCAACAGCCCCAGCUGCUUUCUUGAGUGACCUAACAGCCCAGGACAGACCCUAUGACUUCCUGCCUCUGAGAGCCAGUAGCCCGAUUGCCUCCAAGAUCAAAUAGAGACUCCCCAGGCAUUCAGAGCACCCCCCCCCCUCCACCAUCCAGCUCCAUUGGCCAGGCCCAGACUGCUUUCCUACCUCACAGUGUCUUCCCUUGGACUUCCCCCAAGCUGCCCAGGCUCCCGACCUUUCAGAAUACUGGGCAGCAGGCUUUUGGCCUUGAGCGAGGCCUCAGUUUCCACUAAGUGCUCUUCAAAGUCCCUCAGAGUCUGUGAGCCUGUGAUUGCCCGAGACUCCUGAGUUUCCUUAACCCUCUGUUUUCCCCCUCUGUAACAAGGGGAAAAAGAAUGCACUCCCUAAUGGAUAUUCUAAAGAGCACUGAAUAGGAGGGUGUGGCUGUGCUGGGGGUGGGGCCUCAAUGGCUGCAGAUCACACAGCAGCAAUAACCUAAGCCUCCUUUAAACCUUUAGUUUAAAGUUUAGUGCAGCAGCAGGAAGACCCUAACCCUCUCAGUGCUAAUUCUCUAACUUUCUCAUUCAUGCUAGGGUUGGACCACAAUCUUCCCUGUGACCCCUCUGGGCUUGUUUCCUCAUCUGUCCAAUGGAGAGAACAGUUGUGAGGAUCAAGUUGGACAUGGGACACAGAACCCAAAGUGCUAGAGAAGUAGAGGCAGAGGAACUGGGGGGGGGGGUGGGGGCCUGAGUUCAAAUCCUGCCUCAGACCCUUCACCCCUGCCUGCUUCAACUUUCCCAGCUGCAAAACAGGGAUAACAGCACCUAGUUCUCCCAGUGUUCUGAGGAUUAAGUGACAUUUAUCAAAAGCAACUUAUGCAGUGACCAGCACAUAGUGGGUACUCACCUAUGUGUAGUGACCGGCACAUAGUGGGUGCUCACCUAUGCAUAGUGACCGGCACAUAGUGGGUGCUCACCUAUGUGUAGUGACUGGCACAUAGUGGGUGCUCACAUAUUCCAUUUUGGAAAAAGUCCCAAUCCCAUUUCAGACACCAAGUUCUAUACCUGGGCAAAUCCUGUUUCCCACAUGGGAGCUUCAGUUCCUCAAUUGUAAGAUGAAGAAUGGGACCAGGCAGCCUCUGCCGCCUCUUCCUCCUUCCCCUCCAGGAUCCCAGACUUCCUCCUUCCCACAGGAAGUCUCUCCCCCUCCCUCCCAGGAAAUGUCUUUGUGUAGGUUUUGUAUUGAGUGUGCCCUGUAUGGCAGGGGCCAUAUUGUAGUUUGUCACCUCACAGUACCUGGGACUGUUGGGUGCUUAAUGGAUGCCUACUAGGUGCCUGGCACUAGGUUAAUCAUUACAGACACAAAGAAAAACAAAAACAGCCCCUUGCCUUCAAGAAGCUUACAAUCUAAUAGUGAAAUGACUGAAGUACAGUCUCUCUGUCUCGUAUUCUGAUUUUAUGGAAAUACUGUUCUAUCUGUAUAUGUACAGGCACAUACACACAGAGUAGAUGAGAGGUAGUCUGGAAGGGGAAGCAUUAGCAGCUCAAAAGACUGGGAAGCACCAAAAAAAAAAAAAAAGAAAG